GCAUAUUUCUUCACCAAUUAUGACUUUUCAGCCGCCCGCUCGCGUGGACAGAACCCUCGACUUUCUGCAGAAAUCGCAAACUUCACCAUUCAUUUCUUGAAAUUCAUGAUUCUUUUUUUUGCUUAUACAGAUUUUUUCAUCUCGACUUUGAUCUUUCUACAUCUCGGUUUAUGAGCUCGAAGGAGAAACCCACUCUCGGAGGUACGCGGAUUAAGACCCGCAAAAGGAAUAUUGCUCCUCCUCUGGACCCUGCAGCUUUUUCUGAUGCAGUUGUCGUAAUAUAUCUAGAUAAUGCUGGUGAUCUGGUUGUUUUCAUUGGAGGACGUACACAAACUUGUUCAGUGAAAUCUGAUGAUGGAGAAUGCCAUCCUUACUCUAUAAUCGACUGUGAACCAACGCGAGAAGCUAUUUUACCUUCAGUUGUAUACAUACAGAAUAUUUUGCGGAGGAAACCCUUCCUUAUAAAGAACCUUGAAAACGUUACGCGGAGGUUCUUGCAGUCGCUGGAGCUUUUCGAGGAAAGUGAGAGAAAGAAUCUUGCAAUAUUUACAGCGUUCGCGUUUUCCCAGAAGCUCUCGGGUUUACCUGCAGAGACUGUCUUCCAGCCAUUGCUUGAAGAUAAUCUCGUUGCCAAAGGGAUAGUACUCACUUUUGUAACAGACUUCCUCAAUGAAUAUUUAGUUGAGAACAGCCUUGAUGACUUGAUUGCUAUUCUGAGGCGUGGCAAGAUGGAAGACAAACUCUUGGAUUUUCUGCCACCCACAAAGCGAACUACUGAAAGUUUUGCUGAGCAUUUCACCAAGGCGGGAUCAAAGCGGUACUUACAGGCCAAGUGACAGAGGAAACUGACAUAGAUGAAGUGAUUGAAACAAUGAAGCAACAGGUGAAAGAUGCUAAACUGCCAGAGAUUGAUGUCGUACGUGUGAUCUGGGACGAAAUAAUGGAUGCUGUUCAAUGGUCUGGGAAAAAGCAGCAGCAAACUCUGUACUACGUCAAGUUAGUGUUUGACUUUAGAGUUAUUGGAAGUAUCAAAGCAAGAUUAAGGUUCUUUCGGUCUUGAAGCUAAGUUGUUGUUGUUGUUGUUGUUUGGUAAGGCUCCGCUUCUUAACACAUUCUGUAGCAGCGGGAAAAUGGAGAUGCAACUGAUGUACAAAGUACAUAUGCAAUGCUAUGAGGAUGCAAAGCUGAUGAAAGUGUUUCCUGAGGUAGUGAUGUCACUGUAUGAGCUAGAUGUUCUUGCUGAAGACACUAUUCUUCAUUGGUAUCGAAAAGGAAGCAAUCCUAAGGGCAGGCAAACGUUUGUGAAGGGAUUGGAGCCGUUUGUGAAUUAGCUGGAAGAAGCUGAGGAAGAAGAGUGAGACACAAUCUGCUGUUUUCUUCCUCUCUUCUAAUAAAACACAAUCUUUGAUUUUCUUAAUGCAUUUUGAGAAAAUUUUGUUUGAAUGGAUAAUUUGCUUGUUUUAGUGGGUUGUUUGUUUCUUUAACCUUUUUUGAGUUAAAAGGUUCCAAAAAGAAAAGAAAUCUGAAUA